UGGAGUCGUUCCUUUCACAAUUUAAAACUAUGGACUUCGAUUUCAUCAGAACCGUCCGAUCGAAAGACACCUUUUGUUUUUUGGGUACAACAUCUAAAGACACCUUUGACUAAGAAUCUUAUGUCAGUUUUCCUAGCCGGUUUCUCCGGUCGCCCCUCUCCCCUUACAGCCCCCUCCAUCUCCUCAUUUUCUCAGCUACUCCAAUCCGCUGUCUCCGCUCUUUCCUCUUAUCUCUCUAGCGGUCGCCUUGGGUUCUUAUACUUCCGAUUUCGAUCUUAUAGGGUUACCCGGAUCUUGUCGAUUGCCGAUGGCCGUUGAUCUUACGGGUUCCGCAAAGAUAGACGACAAGAUCGCGAUCCAGGAGGCGGCCUCUGCGGGACUCGGGAGCUUGGAGCACCUGGCCUUCCAGCUCUCUGACCAGAAAUCGCCGACCGACUGCAAGGAGAUCGCCGAUCAGACGGUCUCCAAGUUCAAGAAGUUCAUCUCGAUCCUCAACCGUACCGGCCACGCCCGCUUUCGCAGGGGGCCGCCUUCCACCGCGCAGGCCCUGACCCUGGCCCCGGCGCCGCCGCAGUCGAAGCAGCCCCCGCCGCCUCUGCCGGCGCCCCAGGCCCUAAGCCUGGACUUCAACAAGACUAACCCGACCCAGCGCACCGGGGUCGCCGCCGUCCAAUUCUCCAAGGAGAGCUUCAUCAUCUCCUCAUUCCUCUCGUCGAUCACCGGCGACGGAAGCGUCUCCAACGGCAAGCAGGGUUCGUCCCUCCUCCCUCCUGUCGGCCCCGCCGCCUCCGCCGUCAAGCCGCUGCUCUUGUCCUCCCACAAGAAGUGCCACGGCCAUGCGCACUCCGAGGUAGCCACCGGAAAGUACGCUGCCUCCGGCGUUCGCUGCCACUGCUCCAAGAGUAGGAAAUCUCGGGUAAAGAGGACGAUACGAGUGCCAGCGAUAAGCUCGAGGAUGGCCGAUAUCCCACCGGACGAAUACUCGUGGCGGAAGUACGGACAGAAGCCGAUCAAGGGCUGUCCAUACCCCAGGGGAUAUUACAAGUGCAGCAGCGUCAGGGGGUGUCCGGCGAGGAAGCACGUGGAGAGGGCGCCGGACGACCCUUCGAUGCUGAUCGUAACAUACGAGGGAGAGCACCAGCACACCCAGAACCCUGUCCCGCCGUCCGAUAAACUCAUGGGGGAGUCUUCUUGAGACGGGAGGAAUGCCGAGAUGCGUGAUCAAGACCAUACAUCUCGUGUUCCCCUCAAUGUGAUGUCGUCCUGUGUCGCUUUUUUGCCCUUUUAAAUGUCUUUUUUUUUUUUUUUGUUUGGUUUUGUAAAAAAAUCCUGAGGAGAUAAAGGAAAAUUUUUGGGGUUGGAAA